GCCUUGCAGCAUAGUGACAGGGGGUCUCCAUGCUUGUAGUUGUGACUAUAAACAGUGCUACACAGCUACUGGCAUGCAAAAUAAAAUGCAUCAACUUUGUGCGUGAACUUAAUCUUAAUUUUGCAAUUGCGACGGCAUUGCUAAUGCGGUCUUGGUCUAGAGGGGUGUAUUUCCGACUCCGUCAGUUGAUUGAACUAUCGUUGUUUUCUUUGACAAUGGCAGCGAGUUCAGAAGACAGUGCGGGUUGGAAAAAUCUGAAGCCAGCCAUGGCAGACUUGCAAGAUUUACUUAGGUGUUGGACAUGCAACAAAGUUUUCACAGAACCCGUUAGCUAUCGAUGUGGCCAUUUCUUUUGUGGCCAUUGUGCCAAAGAAGCUGGGUCAAAAUGCGGUUCGUGCAAUGUUCCUUCCCUGCCAUCAGAAAUUGUACCCGAUCGGAUAGUCACUGCUGUCCUUGGAUGCUUUCAGACCUUAUCUGCCGUUAUAAAUGGGGAACGAGAAGCUGUUUGUCAACUUGCUGUUCGUGCACCAAAUAUGGAAAAUAGCAGCAGUAAGUCCGUGCACAGUGUAGACAACAGUGCCGUGGGAAUUAAUAAAAGUCCCCUAAAUGGAUCUAAACCAGACCCUCCGAAAGGCAAGGAAGACUCAACAAUAACCAAAGCAUCUCCUGCUAAGUCGGAAAUUGAGAAACCAUUUGUUAAACCAUCCAGAGGCAGAAAACCAUCUUUGAAAGGGGCUAAAAAACCGGUUGCAUUAAAGAAGUCUGAAAUCAGUAAUGAGAAAAAAUCUUUGGACUGUCUGGAAAAGAACAAUCCUGGCAAAAAGACAAAACUUGGUUUGGACCGAAGCUUAAGCAUUGAUGCAGCUGUAUCCACAGCAUCAGAAAGAAGCAAGAAGACAGGUGCCCAGGAUGAACAAUUUUCACCCGAUUGUUUUGCUACUCCCAAGAAGCCCAGAAAGAGCAACAAUAAACUGUCUGAUGUUUCUUCCAUCUCUAAAACCAAAGAGAUGAACUCUACUGUGAAGUCGACUCCAAGAAAAAGUAAUACACCCGGAAGAGAACUUGCGAAGAAAAACCACAAGGGUGAGACCCCGCUACAUGUUGCUUGCAUCAAAGGAAAUAUAGCCCGUGUGCGCUCUUUACUGGAAGCCAAUGCAACACCUAACACUAAAGACAAUGCAGGCUGGACUCCCCUUCAUGAGGCAGCAAAUCAUGGAUUCACAGAAGUGGUUGAACUUUUAGUCAAAGCUGGAGCUUUCCUUGAUGUUCCUGGAGCUGGAAAUUUGACGCCACUUCAUGAGGCUGUCGCAAAUAACCAUAUUGAGAUUGUUAAACUUCUUGUGGCUCAUGGUGCAGACAUAUAUGCUAGAUCAUCAGACGGCAACACUCCUUUGGAUCUAGCUAUAUCUAAGGAACUAAAAAACGCUCUUCUCAACUCAAGCAAGGUAGAAGCAUCUCCCAAAACUGAUUCAAAUACUUUAAAGUCUGCUCUUGUCCAAGAAGAAGCAGUUCUGUAUGGAGACCAUGGUCUUACUUCUGAUGAAAAAAAGCAACUCCAGACUAUUGCCGCAACUUUAAAUGUUAAACUGGUUCCAGCAUUUGGUCCUGAUGUAACACAUUUUGUUGCUGCCUCUGAUGAUGAAGGCUCUUGCCCACCAUCCCUGGAUUUAUUGUCAGCAUUAUUGAAAGGCACUUUCCUUUUGAAUAGAGAUUGGCUGGAACUUGGUGAGAGAAAUUUACAAGACGAUAGGUUUGAACUUGCUGGCAUCACAGAUUUCAUAGAUGCAGAAGCACCUAAACUUAGUCGAACCAAUUCCUUGAAACAGCUGCCGAGAUUAUUCAAUGGGUGCCACUUUUAUGUCACCAAUAAUGCACACUUCAAUUUAACCAACUGUAAUUUAACCAGAGCUGAUAUAAUUGCUCUCAUUAAAGCUGGAGCUGGUAUUGUUUUGACACGCCAACCUGACCCAGAAGCCAUACCCGCUUCAGAGAAAACAGUUCCAUACCAUGCUCCAAGAAAUGGUGCCCUAGUGUCUACCUCACACUUCAUACUUUACUCCCCCGGUAAAGGGGAACCUGAAAUGAAGUAUAAUAUGAAACAUUGUAAAACGCUUCCAGUAGAAUGGUUCAUUAACUGUGUAUUAAACUGGCAGCUCUUAGAUCCUUAGGCAAGUGUUAUUCCUAAUAAGUCAAUUCAGGUGUUUCUGUUUAGCUUAAACUUUAUAUUCAGUUCACCAUGUUUAGGGUGACUUACAGUAGUUAGUUAUGUUUUAUUUCAUGAUGGUGUUUACAGUCAAUCCCUAAGAUAUUUUUUGCCCUCAAAUUAAUAUUUAAAAAAUAACUCUGGUAACAUUAAAAUUUUAAGCAUAAG